AAUCCAUGUGCCAACCAGACUUUGGCUGAACACAAGGUUGGUUGGGUUCGCAAAGUUCGCAUUCUCAUUUUCGCAAUGUUCGGAAGGAAGGCGUACGACGAUCAAUAAAUAUCCCCGUUCUGCAUUUCACCAAAACUCCAUGAAUAAAUAACAUGUCCACUUCAGUAGAGUAUUAAGAAUUGCAUAUUAUUAAAUAUUAUGACUGACGCUACCACAAUUUCGCCCAAGGAAGUUGGUCAUGGGGAAGUUGCAGGAGGGUCAAGUAUUGCGCCCGAUGCGGGUAUGAGCCCCUUUGAACAGAGAAUAAUACAGCUGGCGAAAGAGUUCCCCAAAGGGAUUCCAGGCAAAAUCUUGCAAAAUGACAUGCCUACCACAGUUUCUGCAGAUGAAAGAGCGAUCGUGAUUAACAAGCUUUUGGCACAGGGGAUCCUUGAUAUAUACAAACAAGGGAACGAGUUACUAUACAAGCUCAAGGGUGGAAAGUCUUCAGAACCGGAUCAAAUUAAGGACGCAGAUAAUGAAGAAAAAGUAGUUUUCGACAUUAUCAAGGAGGCCAGCAAUAUGGGGAUUUGGAUUAGAGACAUCCGACUUGCUAGUAAUUUAACAUUGUCGCAAUUGAAUAAAAUUGUCAAGUCAUUAGAGACUAAGAAGCUCAUUAAGGCUGUCAAAUCUGUUGCGGCAUCAAAAAAGAAGGUUUACAUGUUGUACGGACUGGAUCCACAUAGAUCGCUUACGGGUGGGGCGUGGUACUCUGAUCAAGAUUUCGAAUCCGAGUUUGUCACCAUAUUAAAUCAACAGUGUUUCAAAUACUUGUCGGAUAAGAGACAACAAGCACAAGCCAAUGUUGACGACGUCGGGCCCAAGGCUAAAAUGGCUAUAGCUCUUACCACCCUGGACGACCUGUGGAAAUAUAUUUGCAAUCUCGGGAUCAGCAAGGUUGAACUAACUCCAGAAGAUAUUACAAGCAUUUUGAACACGCUCAUCUUUGAUGGAAAAGUUGAAAAGAUACGGAAAGGGGAUUUGGAAUAUUAUUUGGCUGCCGAACCAAUGCUCGAGACGACAGGUUUGAUACAAGUACCUUGCGGAGUUUGUCCCGUAAUUAAAGAUUGUUCGGAACGUGGAUUGGUAAAUCCUGGAUCAUGCCUUUACAUGAACAACUGGUUAUCAAGUGAGUUUUAAUUUAACUAUUUUAGGAUAUAUGCGAAUGUUUAUCAAGUAAGUGUAAUAAACUCUUAAUUGUUCAAGUCUAUUGAUUUUAUUCCAAUUUUUAUUAAUUUUGCUUCCCUCCUUAUCCCGACCCUUCAAAACUUGAUCGGUUAUCAAACUAGUGCAUACAUCAUCUUGGAACUUUAUUUAUGUGUUUGGUACAAAAUCUUUGGGAAGCAAUUUCUGAAAUAAUAAACGUUAUCAAGUCCAAGAACUAUAGUAUGUUUUAAUAGCAAUAUAUUUAUCUGACUUGUAUGCAAAUUUUUAUUAUUAUCAAUUCUAUCUGAAGAGAACAAUAAUUAAUUGUAGAAAAAUGACUAAACAUCACAUUCAUUUCCCACUAACGACGAGGUGAAUUGAUGAUACGAAAUCAUCAAUCAAGUUUUAAAUCUUAUCAACAUGACUUAUAGAAAUCAACACUAGUGUUUCAAAUACGACUCAUUGUUGUCCUGUCAAUCUGCAUACACUUCUACACCAUACCAUUGUAAAUACAUACAUCAAAUUAUCAUGCAUUCAUAUUCAUGCUGACGCGUUACUUUACUAAUGUCUAAUGUCUACACCUUUGAUGCAUGCGUAGCUUUGCAAAGUGUCAAUUUAGUAAAAUAGGAACGCAAUAAACAAAAUCGACGUGAUUAAUGUUUAUAACCGGAUAAACGACACCGCGGACCUGUAAUUAUUCUUUUAAAAAAUAUUUCAUACAUUGAACAAGCAUAUUUACUAUAAUAAAGAAUUGAUAGAUUAUAAACGCUACAUGCAAACUUGGGUUGAAACUUGUUAUUAUUAGAGUUUAAGUAGUAAGUAUAUUGUAGCAAAACAUCACAAAACUGAACCAACUAAUUGUUAUUAUUUCUCGCUCGUACAAUAUCGUUCGUUGUACGGGAGUCGUAUACAUAUAUUCAAUCUGUAUUUUAUAAUGUCAUGCUCAAGCUAAAUAAAUUCAUUAUAAAAUGG